AUGGAACAUAGAAGAUUGCGCAAAGGGCCGCUGCCUGGAGGUCGUCAGGGCGCGUCUGGAGCUGGCGCUGGACGCGACAGCAUGCGAACCGCCAGCCGAGCGCGAGGUGCUGCACGACCACCCAGCAGCCCCUCGCAUCCAUCAUCCCCACCAGCUUGCUUGGUGUCGGCAGGGUCUUCGCAGGCCCAGCAAUCGGCACCCGCCACUGGUGGAGUACGCCGCAUGCGAUGGACCAUCAAUAUGAAUUCAAACGCAUUGCGGGCGUAUUUUAGGGCGAAAGGGGGAGAAAUUGGAGGUUUCGCGUAUCGGGCUAGGAUGCAUCGUCUUUUUACUGAGCUGGAGCCAUCUAUUACUGUCACCGAGCAAAACCUGGCAGACCGAGUUCGGUAUAUCUUACGCUCAAAUAUAUUUGAUGGCGCCGAACUCGAACGGCUACGACGUGAGGCUGUUCCCUCAUCAAAUGAAAACGCUACGACUGAGGGUGCGGUGCCACAAGUUGCAGAACAACCCGCACACGUGGAUGCCGCCGAGAAUACCCCAGUGGUUGCUGAUUCAAAUGAUGAUGGAACAUUCACCCAGGAACUAGAAAUAGAGCAAAUGAGGUGUACAUUGGAAGAGGCGAUUAUGGAAACGCGCAGUACGCCUCUCGAAAAUCGACCGCGACUUCCCCGCAUAGCCCUAAGCAAGCGGAAUCGGGCUGUCGUGAGGGCUCUGAACCCAAUGCUGGUGACCUAUUUGGAAGCCAGCCGGGACCUUUGCGAGACGGACUCAAUUCUCUUUGGCGCCGCACUGGCAGUCUGCCGUAUUAUAGGCGCCAAACUUUCCACGGCUGGACGCACUACUGGACAAAGUAGUGCUAUCCCAGCCUGGAGAACAAGAAUUGAAGAACGUAUCGCAAAGGCUAGGGCCCUCAUCGGCAGACUGAUAUGCUUCAGGUCAGGCAAUACCAGGCCAAGGAUUGUGCGCACCGUCAGGAUGGCGUUUGCUGGGACAAAUGUUAGUUUGUCCCAGCCGGAUAUAAUGCAAAAACUGACGGAGCGCAUAGACGACCUGAAGCAGAGAAUCGCUGCUUGGGGAAAGCGAAUUCGGCGAUAUACCGAGAGGUCGACACGGUUCAACCAGAAUCGUCUCUUCCAGAGUGAUCAGAAGAGGCUCUAUAAAUCAUUGGAGCGACCAAUGGUAAGUGGAACGGGCCCAGUACCGAAUCAGGCCGACACGGUCGCAUUCUGGCGCAGCCUGUGGUCAGAGCCCGUAAACCACAACGAGGGCCCUUGGACGGAAGUUGUGGCGAGUCAGUGUGCGGGUAUUACGCCUAUGGACCCCGUCACCAUAACGCCGGAUGACGUAGCUGAGGCGGUCCGUAGGGCCCCGAACUGGAAAAGUCCGGGACUCGACGGGCUGCAUCACUACUGGCUGAAGGGGUUCGUGAGAAGAAAAGCGUAA